AUAAGAUGCCACGUCGUGUCAAUUACAUCACAUAUAAAAGUAUUAAAUUUUAAAGAAAUACCUAGCUCUGUAAAUAAAAUCUAUAUAUAUCUUAAGUUUUUAGUAUGAAUGAUGUCGGAUAUAUAGACAAAGAAAAUAUAUUAGAGUGGAGGGAAAAAAACACAGAGGAAAAGAUAAGACAUAUAUGGAUACGCAAAGGUUACCGAAGAAAGAAGAACAAGAAGAAGAAGCUGGUCAUCAACCUUCUUCAACUUUUGAGUCUAUUAAUGCUUUCUCUCAAGACCAACACAACCACUCUGUGGAUGAUUUCGACCGCAUUUUCGACAUCACCAUUGACAGUUCAAAGUGUUCUCAUGAACUCACCUGGGAUUUCUGGGAAGAAGAAUACAACGACGAAGAUGUAGAGGAAGAAGAAAAAAGACUGAGUACUGAUCAAGAAGGCUCAAGUUCUGGGUUUUGGCACAAUAUGUCGAUGGAUUCUGAAGACAAAGAGUUGGGUCUGAAGCUGAAUCUAAACCAUCAAGAAGUUAUUGAUGCGUGGUCCGAUCGUCGCCAGGAACUUCUAUGGACAGAUACUUCAAUGCUAAUGGCUCCGGCGAAUGCCCUUUAUAGGGGAGAAGUGCCGGUAAUGGAUGAAGAGAGAAACACGAGAAGAGAGGCGAGUGUGUUAAGGUACAAAGAAAAGAGACAGAGUAGGCUCUUCUCUAAGAAGAUAAGGUAUCAAGUGCGAAAACUCAACGCUGAUAAACGACCUCGUUUUAAGGGUCGGUUCGUGAAAAGGGAGACGUAAAAGGGGGAAAAUAUCUGGAAGAAAAAUAUCUCCAGCCUUCGUAGUUUCUAUUUAUUAGUAUUAUCAUUAUAAGGAUUAUUAUAUCAUACUUUUCUGUAAUUUUUUGAGGUAUCAUUAUCGACUUUACAACUUUAUCAAAUUUGAAACGAA